AUGGUGAUUACUCUAGGAAAUGUGGAUGUGGUUCAAAUAACUCAAAGUCUAGCUACAUCGGAUAAAGGAAUUUUAGCUGUAGAUGAAUCAGCAGAUAUCAUUGAAACACGUUUUUCACCAGUAAAUAUUGAAAAUAAUGAAGAAAAUCGUCGAUAUUAUCGUCAAUUAUUAUUGCGUAUUACAGUUGAUAAAGGUAUGGUUAUAUUAGGUGGAACAGAUGAUGAAACAACAACACAAGGUUUAGAUGAUUUGGAAGAACGAUGUCGAGGAUAUAAAAAACUUGGUGCACAAUUUGCUAAAUGGUGA